AAGUGAACAAUAUCAGCUGAAAGAGAAAUAAUUUUUUGUGUGUUGCAUGAGAGUCAAUGCAUUUUCUUGUGUGGCUGUGUUUUUGUUAGAUUAUUUUAACUAAAUUUAUUUCCGAUAAAUACUAGCAACACGGCAGUCAACGUUCGGUAACGUUUACAGAAACAGUUAGAAACAAGGGUUUUGGGCGCAAGUGACUGAAACAACAGCACAACCAUGAAUAAUCGCAGUCACCCCAAACAUUCCACCACAAAUGGAUACGGUGCCACGAAUGGCCAUUCAUCGAUGAACGGUCAUUCAUCAUCGAAUGGUUUUGGCAAUGGAACGGAUGCCAUUGAUCAGAUUGCUGUACCCGAAAUGUGUUUCUACUGUUUUGAAGUCCUUGAUGCUGAACUCCGGAAUGUCAAUGUACCGAAUCAACCGAAUUUCACAAACGAUUCAUAUCCUUUGUUUGUGACAUGGAAAAUUGGCCAAAGCAAGAAGCUCAGAGGAUGCAUUGGCACAUUCGCUGCAUUGAAGCUGCAUUCUGGCUUGCGUGAGUACGCAAUCACGAGUGCAUUCAACGAUUCUCGGUUCUCGCCAAUUAUACGUGAAGAGUUUCCAAGACUGACCGUGAGCGUAUCGAUACUGAUGGGUUUCGAAGAGGCUCGCGGAUACUUAGACUGGACCUUAGGUGUUCACGGAAUUCGAAUCGAAUUCCUCAACGAUCGAGGCUCUGUACGAACAGCAACUUUUUUGCCCAAAGUUGCUAGCGAACAAGGCUGGGAUCAAUUGCAAACGAUAGACUCGUUACUUCGUAAAGGUGGCUUCCGUGGUCAAAUAACACAAGAGACACGUCAGGCCAUUAAGCUGACACGUUACCGUUCGCAAGAAGUCGAAAUGAGUUACUCGGAAUACAGCGAACGAUUAAAUUCGUUGCCGGCCAACCAUUCGCAAUAUAAUAAGUACAGGGGACGUUCGCAGCAUUGCUAGCGAUUUUUCUUUCCAUUUAACUUGUGUCGCCGAGGUUAAAUCGAAAUUACGAGCUUGGACGGUCAAUUUAGUUGAUGAUGAGGUGUGAUAAAUCACAACACGUUACGGCCUUAUAUAAAACCAAAUUUCGCUUCGAAAUAAAUUUCUUCUAUUAAUCGUUAUACUCUUCUAGUGCUCAAUUUAUUGUCCCAACGUUUCAUCAAGAGCAAACAGG